GUUUGUUAAACGAAAAGUCGGGGAGGUCCAGCCGAACUAAUAGACAAAAAGAUCCGGUGUGUGUCCAAUCUUUAAAGGAACAUUUUUAGGAUCUCCAACAUUUUCUGGAGAUUUUUUUAGCUUCUACAGCUACUUUGUUUAGCUUGAGGGUAUAUACUAUACAGUUAGUUAGGUAUCUUAGCUUAGCUAGCUCGGGUCUAGUUGUAACCGCUAGUUUUGGCGGUGACCGUAUUUUAACGCAAAACAUUAGUCACUUAUUCGCUCUACGGUUGAUUAACGCCGCAUUUUUCGACAUUUAGGGUCGUAUUUUAGUUAAGCCUUAGCUAAGCGAACCAAGUUUCCGUUUGAAGGAGCGUUUAUCGUCCGUUUGAGUAGACUAACUUACGCUAGCGUUGCUAGCUAACGUGAUGGGCAUUCCGGGGCUGCUGCAGUUCCUGAAGGACGCGUGGGAGCCCGUCCAUGUGGGGACGUACCGGGGACACACGCUGGCUGUGGACACGUACUGUUGGAUGCACAAAGGAGCGUUUUCCUGUGCCGAGAAGCUGGCCAAAGGGGAGCCUACUGACCAGUAUGUGAAGUUCUGUAUGAGGCUUGUGGACAUGCUUCUGUCCUUUGGGGUCCAGCCUUUGCUGGUGUUUGACGGGCGCAACCUUCCCUCGAAGCAGCACGUGGAGGAGGCACGCAGAGAACGUCGUCAGUCAAACCUGCAGAAGGGCAAACAGCUGCUGAGGGCCGGGAAGACAGCGGAGGCGCGAGAGUGCUUCAGUCGUGCGGUUAGCAUCACCCCUUCGAUGGCACAUGAGGUCAUCAAGGUUGCCAGGGCACGGGGGGUCGACUGUUUGGUUGCCCCCUAUGAGGCGGACGCUCAGCUGGCCUUCCUGAACAAGGCUGGCAUCGCACAGGCUGUGAUCACCGAGGACUCUGACCUGCUGGCGUUUGGUUGCAAAAAGGUGAUAUUGAAGAUGGACAAGCAGGGCAACGGUCUGGAGAUCGACCAGUGUCACCUGGGUCGCUGUCGGUCGCUAGGCGACGUCUUCACAGAGGAGAAGUUCCGGCACAUGUGCAUCCUGUCGGGCUGUGACUACCUGGCGUCUCUCCACGGCAUCGGCCUCGGCAAAGCCUGCAAGCUGCUGAAAAUGGCCAACAACCCAGACAUACUCAAGGUGAUUAAGAAGAUGGGUCAGUACCUGAAGAUGAACAUCUCAGUGCCUGACGAGUACAUUGAGGGCUUUGUGAAGGCCAACAACACCUUCCUGUACCAGAUUGUGUUUGACCCCAUCAGGAGGAAGGUGGUACCCUUGAACCCCUACCCAGACCACGUUGACCCGGCCGCUCUCCGCUACGCUGGAGUAAACAUAGGGGACCAGCAGGGACUGCAGAUGGCUCUGGGAAACCUGGAUCUCAACACCCUGGAGAAGAUCGACAACUUCAGCCCAGACGCUCCUCCAGCACAGCCCAGCAAAGCUCCCCCCAGCCGAGGUUGGGGUGACGGCCGUGUGCUCAGUGCCCGGACCGUGGGGAGUAUCUGGAGCAGGGGUUAUGUGCCAGGUACCACAGAGCCUCAGACGCCAGCUUCUCCCAUCACACCGCCACCCACGUGGGGCAAAGCGAGGAUGGUCGCCAUGCAGGGCCUGAAACUGCAGGUGAAGAGACCCCGAGAAGACUGCAGCAUGUCUGAGGAGAACGUGUUGGAUCAGUACUUAUCCAUUCCAAAGAGACACUGCACACAGACACCACCCUGCCAAGCUCCGCCCACCACACAGGCUGAUCGCACCAUUCCCAAGGAGGUGCGUGGCGUGGAAGGCGGUCGGCCCCGACCCUGCAAUCGAUUCGCCACGCUGCUGCAGUGGAGGAACCAGCCAGAAGAAAGUGAUGGAGAAUGGGGCACACGCAGCAGGUUUUUCGCCAGUGAGGACCCCUGCCUGCCUGUGCUUGGGAGCAAGUCAUCUGACGCUCCUUCUCCUGACAGAGACCUGAGCCUGGAAAGCCAGGCAGCGCAUCGUCGCUCGGAGGGCCCCUGGCCCCCCGUAUCUCCUCCCUCUCUGCCCCCGAGCCAGAGCCUGGGGGCCUUCAGCUGCACCGGUGGAAGUUCCAGCAAUGGACCGGUACUGUCAUCCGUCUCUUCAGACUGCUGCUGUGACCCGGGCCUCUCCGCCCUGCACCAGUUUCUCAGGAAAAAGGAGGGUCUGUCCUGGGUAGGAUCCCCCCAGCGCGCCCUGCCUUCUCCUCCACUACAGGGCGCUGAUGAUAUAGACACACCUCCAGGCUCUCCUCCCUCCCAGGACAGUGCCUACUUCUCUCAGCCCACCAGCGGCCCCUCCAGCUUGGAGGAUUCUCCCACCAGCAGCCCGAUCACCCCAGAGGUACCCGAAAAGGAGAAAGACACCUGGAGAGACUCAGAGUGUUCUGCGACCCCCAACCGUCCGCCUGUAGUGAGGGAGGUCAGACCUUUGGCCCUGAGAACGAAGGUGUCUGGGUUGUCGCGGACACGGCCAGCCGAGUGGGAUGGGCUCCGUAAGGUCAGACCCUCCGGUCCAGCCAGGGCCAGCGGCCUCAGGAGAAAUCCCAGCGUUCCGGGGAAGAGGUCGGCUAUGACGAACGAGAACAGCUCGGGGCUGCAGGCCACCAUCAGCGGCCUCUGGAAAACCUUCAGCUUCAGAAAAGAGAACCCAAAAUUAACCCCGCAUAAGAAAGCAGAGCCCAUGUCCCCAGUGAAGGACAACCUGCCAGCCUGCUGACAGCCACUUCCUGCUCAUGCACUUACCAGCCCUGGGAUAAGCACUCCAGCUGCACAGCCAACCAGUAGCCGGGCGAACGAGAAUCGCAUGGACCUCCUCUCCAGUGGCCAGGAUAGGCACAACAUUACAGUGUGUGCUUAACAGACUCCUCCAGACCACGCCUGCUGUAGGAGGCAGUUCUGUGAACAUGUAGUGAGUG